UUCUCUGCUCUUGUUUCCCCGGUUUUCAACUCAAGAGAGGGAACCAAAGUAGAAGAAUAUGAUAAAGUAUUUCAAUUUCAAUCGAGGAAGGGACAAUGCCGCCGAUGCCUCACCGGCGGCGACGCCUUCUUCGUCCCCGGUGACCGGUCCGGCGAGGCCAAUUCGCCUUGUCUAUUGCGAUGAGAAUGGACGGUUCCGCAUGGACCCCGAAGCCGUCGCCACGCUUCAGCUCGUCAAGGAACCCGUCGGCGUGGUCUCUGUGUGCGGCCGUGCUCGCCAGGGCAAGAGUUUCAUUCUGAAUCAGCUUUUGGGGAGGACUAGUGGAUUUCAGGUAGCAUCAACACAUCGACCAUGUACCAAAGGACUAUGGUUGUGGAGUGCACCGUUGAAGAGGACUGCCCUUGAUGGAACAGAGUACAAUCUCCUGCUAUUAGACAGUGAAGGAAUAGAUGCUUAUGAUCAAACGGGAACAUACAGCACCCAGAUCUUCUCCUUAGCUGUCCUUUUGUCUAGCAUGUUCAUUUAUAACCAGAUGGGUGGUAUUGAUGAGGCUGCCCUUGAUCGACUUUCUCUUGUCACUCAGAUGACAAAGCACAUUCGUGUUAGAGCAUCUGGAGGAAGGAGUUCUACAUCUGAACUGGGACAGUUUUCCCCUAUUUUUGUUUGGCUUCUAAGAGACUUCUAUUUGGACCUCGUAGAAGAUAACAGAAAAAUAACACCCCGUGACUAUCUGGAAAUUGCUUUGAGGCCUUUCCAAGGGAGUGGAAAAGAUAUAACUGCUAAAAACGAGAUUCGAGAUUCCAUUCGGGCUUUAUUCCCAGAUAGAGAAUGCUUCACUCUUGUGCGACCUCUGAACGAUGAAAAUGAUCUACAGCGACUUGAUCAGAUAUCGUUGGAAAAAUUACGGCCUGAAUUUCGAUCUAGCCUGGAUACUCUGACGAAGUUUGUUUUUGAGAGAGCAAGGCCAAAACAAGUUGGGGCAACUAUGAUGACAGGUCCUGUGUUGAUUGGAAUCACUGAAUCUUAUCUGGAUGCUCUCAAUCAUGGUGCUGUGCCUACAAUUUCUUCCUCCUGGCAGAGUGUUGAAGAAGCUGAGUGUCGUAAAGCUUAUGAUUCUGCUGCCGAGAUUUAUAUGUCCUCUUUUGACUGUACUAAGCCUCCUGAGGAGGCUGCUUUGAGGGAAGCACAUGAAAAGGCAGUUCGAAUUUCAAUGGCAGCCUUUACUGCUAGUGCUGUAGGGGUUGGUUCAGUAAGAACAAAAUAUGAAGGCAUGCUGCAGAAAUUCCUCAAAAAGGCAUUUGAGGAUUAUAAGAGGAAUGCGUAUAUGGAAGCUGAUCUACAAUGCUCUAAUGCCAUACAGUCUAUGGAAAAGAGGCUAAGGGCAGCUUGUAAUGCUUCCGAUGCAAAGAUAGAUAAUGUUGCCAAGGUUCUUGAUGCUCUUUUAUGUGAAUAUGAAAAAUCCAUUCAAGCUCCAGAGAAGUGGCAAAAACUUGCUGUCUUCUUACAACAAAGUUUUGAAGGCCCGGUACUAGACCUAACCAGGAGACUGAUAAAUAAAGUUGAAUCUGACAAGAGUUCUCUCAGUUUAAACUAUCGAUUGACUGAAGAUAAGAUUGCCCUGCUUAAUAAGAGACUGGAAACCAGUGAAAGUGAAAAGUCUGAGUAUAUUAAACGCUAUGAGGAUGCCAUCAAUGAUAAGAAGCAACUAACUGAUGAAUAUAUGAAUCGCAUUACUGAACUGAGGGCUAGCUGUCGCUCAUUGGAUGAGAGAUAUUCUAGCUUAUCAAAAACAUUGGAUUCUACCAAGCAAGAAUCCAUGGAUUGGAAAAGAAAAUAUGAACAAGUUUUAUCAAGGCAUAAAUCUGAGGAAGACCAAGCUAGUUCUGAAAUAGCAGCCCUCAAGUCACAUAGUAGUGCUGCUGAAGCAAGGUUGGCUGCAGCAAGGGAGCAAUCCCAGUCUGCUCAGGAGGAGGCUGAAGAGUGGAAGCGGAAGUAUGAAAUUGCUGUUAGAGAAGCAAAAGCUGCUCUAGAGAAGGCAGCAAUUGUGCAGGAGUACACAAACAAGCAAUCACAAUUGAGGGAAGAUGCUUUAAGAGAGGAAUUUUCUAGCACUUUGGCUGAAAAGGAAGAUAAAAUAAAGGAGAAAACUGCCAAAAUUGAGCAUGCUGAGCAGUGUUUAACAACUUUGAAAUUGGAAUUGAAGGCUGCUGAGUCAAAAAUAAGAAAUUAUGAGUCAGAGAUAUCACCACUGAGGCUUGAAAUUAAAAAGUUGAUUGAGAGAUUGAAAACUGAAAAUGCUAGGGCUCAGUCAUAUGAGAAGGAUGUAAUGGUAAUUCAACAGGAGAUUAACCAUCUAAAGGAGAAGUACAACACCGAGUGCAUAAAAUUUGAGGAAGUUCAGGAAAGAUGUCAAAUUGCUGAAAAAGAAGCUGUAAGGGCUACUGAAGUAGCUGACAAAGCUAGGGCUGAAGCCAACUUGGCUCAGAAGGAGAUGAGCGAGAUGCAGAGGCUUGCAAUUGAGAGACUGGCACAUAUUGAAAGGGCUGAGAGGAAAAUUGAAAAUUUGGAGAGGGAGAAAGAUAAUUUGGAAGGUGAAUUGCAAAGAGUGAGGGAUUCAGAGAAAGAUGCACUUGUUAGGGUUUCAACACUAGAGGAAAAGGUGGGACAGAGAGAGAAGGAUAUAGAUUCACUCUUGGAGAAAGAUGGAACACAGAGGCGAAAUAGCACACAGAUUCUUGAUCAACUUUUGGAAACAGAACGUGAAGCAUGUGCUCAGGCAAAUAGCAGGGCCGACUCUCUCUCUCUCCAGUUACAGUCUGCACAAGCAAAAAUUGAUUCUCUCCAUCAAGAACUGACUAAGUUUCAACUGAAUGAAACAAUAUUGGACAGUGAGCUAAAAACUGCCUCUCGUGGAAAGCGUUUGAGGGUAGAUGAUAUAGGUGUAGAAUCUGGUCAGGACAUGGAUUCGAGCCCUAGAAUCUUAAGGGGAACUAAGAGAUCUAAGAGUACAUCUAGUCCACUUAAGUUUUCACAUCUGGAAGAUGUUAGUUCCAUUGGAGGUGAUGAAGACAACUAUAGUCAGCAAACUAACGAGGAUGAUUAUAAAAAGUUUACCAUCCAGAAGCUCAAGCAAGAGCUGACAAAACACAACUACGGUGAUCAGCUGCUUGAGUUGAAGAAUCCCAACAAGAAAGCUAUCCUUGCUCUGUACGAGAAAUGUGUUCUUCAGAAGUCAUAGGCAAUGGCAUAGCAUGUAAUCAUGUCCACCAGUAGAGGCCUCUAACAAGGGUGUGGGCCAUACAAAUUUCAUUUAUGUCAUGGUGGCUCGCAUCUAGACCAUAAGUGUUUUGUUAAUUCGAUUUUUCAGUUUUAGCUUCAUUAAUCAUUAUACUGUAUGUGUUUAGUUGGCUUGCUAGUAAUGACUCCGGUUGGCCAAAGAGAUGAUGGUCUGAUCUUCAUUUGUUAAAUUAAAUGCUCGAGUUAGUUGUAUUCAGUAGAUUUUGUAUAGUUGUAUUCGGUGUUUAUUUGUAAGUUAACGCUACUAACAAUGGAUAUUAAAUUAGUUUCAAACCAUAUAUUUAGAUUA